GCUAUUAGUUUGUUCACUUGACGUUUGUGAUCCUAAAUUGGAUAAACAUGUUAGAAGAUGGAUGAAUGGUUCAAUUUAUAUUGUAGACACAUGUAUUUUAUAUUAUUUACCUAUCAUAUUCUUAUCGUCUUGUGGAUCCCUCUAUCCAUUAUUAACCCACCCAUGACCUAUUAGUCCUGAUGAGGCAGAGUAUUGGGUGCAAUGGAUAUUAUGGCAGUAUUAACAAUUCCAGUGGUGUAACUGUACUAAUGCACUCAUUUCUGACUAUAGGGUGUGAGACGGGACAGUAUCGCUGUGCAAAUGGGCGCUGCAUUCCUGGAAGCUGGAGAUGUGAUGGAACUGCUGACUGUUCAGACAACUCGGAUGAAAGUGGCUGUCCUCGAUCGACUUGCGACUUCAACCAGUUUCAGUGUGUGAAUGAUGGCGACUGCAUCCCCCAGUCGUGGGUCUGUGAUGAAGAAGAGGACUGCGAGGAUGGCUCCGAUGAACAGCACUGUCCUGGAAGGACCUGCUCCACUCAGCAGUUUACCUGCACCAAUGGCGUGUGCAUCCCAGGAGAGUACAGGUGUGAUCGUGUCAGUGACUGCUCGGAUGGAGCCGAUGAGAGGGGCUGCCAAUACCCCGUGUGUGCUCAGCUCACGUGUGCAAAUGGAGCCUGUUAUAAUCACAGCCAGCGCUGCGAUGGGCUGCUCAACUGCAGGGAUGCCUCAGAUGAAGCUAACUGCACUAACAGAUGUAACAGCAACCAGUUCCAGUGUGCCAAUGGAGAAUGCAUCCCUAAAACCUACCUCUGCGAUCACGACGACGACUGUGGUGAUCAGAGUGACGAGCGAAACUGCACUUAUCCAACUUGCAGUGGCAGCUACUUUACCUGUCCCAGUGGGCGCUGUAUUCACCAGAGCUGGCUUUGUGAUGGGGAUGAUGAUUGUGAAGACAAUACAGAUGAAACAGGAUGUGAAUUGUCCAAUCGAGAGUGUUAUCCUGGGGAGUGGCCGUGUCCCUCUAGCGGCCUGUGCAUCCCACUGGAGAAAGUGUGUGACGGACGUGAAGACUGCACUUUUGGUGAAGAUGAAACCAACACCACUGCAGGCAGGAAUUGCAGCAUUGCAAAUUGUGCAUCACUGAGCUGUGAACACAGAUGUCACCAGUCUCCUUCUGGAGGGAGCUGCUACUGCCCACUGGGAUUUGUACUUAACAACAAUGAUAGCCGCUCAUGUCGAGAUUUUGAUGACUGCAAGACUUGGGGUGUUUGUGACCAGCUUUGUGAAGACAGAAUUGGAAGUCACAGAUGCAGUUGUCUACCUGGAUAUGUCCUGGAACAGCACAGACACUGCCGAGCAAACACUUCAUCUGGAGUGCCAUCUUUGAUUUUCUCCAAUGGCCGGGAUCUGCUUAUGGGUGACAUCCACGGGCGCAGUCUCCGUACUUUGGUGCACUCCACAAACCGAGGGAUUGCUGUUGGAGUUGACUACCAUUAUCAGCUGAGAAGGAUCUUUUACUCCGACACCAUGCAAGAUAAGGUGUUUUCUGUUGAUGUUGACGGCUCCCGUGUCCAGGUGGUUUUAAAUGUAUCAGUUGACUAUCCUGUAAACCUAGCCGUGGACUGGAUAAACAAUAAAUUGUAUGUUGUGGAAGGAAGAGUGAACAGGAUAGACAUGGUGGAUUUAGAUGGGAGUAACCGAGUGACACUGAUUGCUGAAAGUCUGGGAAUUCCAACGGGAAUUGCUGUGGAUCCAACAGUAGGCUACUUGUUUUUUUCAGACUGGGAUAGCCUGAAUGGAGAGCCUGGCCUUGAGAGAGCCUUUAUGGAUGGGACAAAUCGCUACGAAUUGGUCAAAAGCAAACUGGGCUGGCCUGCUGGUGUAACCGUUGAUAUUGUGUCUCAGAGAGUCUACUGGGUGGACAGUCGUUACGAUUACGUUGAGACCGUUACUUAUGAUGGUCUCUACAGGAAAACUGUGAUAUAUGGCGGUUCAUUAAUACCCCACCCCUAUGGACUAAGCAUGUUUGAGCAUUAUGUCUAUUAUACUGACUGGACCAGGAUGGCAGUAAUGAGGGCUAAUAAAUUCUCUGAAAGCAGCCCACAAGUCAUCUUUCCUUCCCCUCUAACACCCUACGGUGUGACGGUCUACCAUUCCCUACGACAACCUUUUGUGAGAAAUCCUUGCGGCAAUAAUAAAGGAGGCUGCGAGCAGAUCUGCGUUCUGAGUCACAGGACAGACAACGAUGGUCUCGGAUACCGGUGUAAAUGUCGAAUGGGCUUUGACCUUCAUCCUGAUGGAAAACAUUGUGUUGCUCUCAGUCAGUUCCUGCUGUUUUCGUCCCAGUUGGCGAUACGUGGGAUACCCUUUAACCUCUCAACUCAGGAAGACGUUGUCCUGCCUAUUACUCACAGCCCUUCUUAUUUCGUGGGAGUCGAUUACAGCGCAGAAGAUGAGACCAUUUUCUUUUCGGACACAACAAGGGAUGUGAUUUAUAAACAGAAACUUGAUGGAACAGGCCGGGAAACCCUUGCAGCCAACAGGGUGGAGAGUGUAGAAGAUCUGGCUUAUGACUGGAUAUCGAAGAACCUGUACUGGACAGACCCUCGUUAUCGAUGCAUCUCGGUGAUGAAGCUUGCGGAUAAAUCCAGAAGAGCGAUUAUUCAGAACCUUAACAGCCCUCGGUCAAUAGUUGUGCAUCCUGAGAUUGGUUACAUAUUUUGGACUGAUUGGUUCCGUCCUGCCAAAAUCAUGAGAGCCUGGUGUGAUGGAUCUCACGCAUCGUCAAUUGUGAACACUACUCUAGGUUGGCCUAAUGGUCUAGCAAUUGAUUGGAGUGCUCUUCGCUUAUACUGGGUGGAUGCUUUCUUUGAUAAAAUUGAACACAGCACAUUUGGUGGUGCCGAUCGACGGACUCUUCCACGAAUUAACCAGAUGUCACAUCCUUUUGGCAUGACUAUAUUUGGAGCUUAUGCUUAUGUCACUGACUGGAGACUGGGUGGAAUAAUUCGUGUAAGAAAAACAGAUGGUGGAGAUGCGACCAUCAUACGGAGAGGAAUCAGCCGUAUAAUGCAUGUUAAAUCCUACAAUGCAAACUACCAGUCUGGCACCAACUACUGUAACCGACCAGCCAAUCCCAAUGGGGACUGCAGUCACUUUUGCUUCCCAGUACCCAAUUUCCAGAGAAUCUGUGGAUGCCCCUAUGGAAUGAAACUCUCCACCAAUCAGCAGACCUGUGUUGAUGAUCCUGAUAACCAGCCACCAAUCCCACAGUGUGGUGAAAAUUCCUUUCCUUGUUCCAACGGAAAAUGUGUGCCACAGCACUUCAGAUGUGAUGGGGUGGAUGACUGCCAUGACAACAGUGAUGAAGCCAACUGUGGAGUUCAAAAUAACACCUGUUCCCCAUCGGCCUUCACUUGCACUACUCGUCAGUGUAUCCCGCGUUCCUGGCAAUGUGACGGACAGAACGAUUGCUCCGAUGGGAGUGAUGAGCAGAAUUGCCCAACUCAUGAACCGGCCACUUGCACACCUAGCCAGUUCACCUGUGCCAAUCGACGCUGCAUCCCAAUUGUUUGGUUAUGUGACACAGACAACGACUGCGACGACGGAUCUGACGAAUUGAACUGUAAUUUUACCAGCACUUGCUAUCCGGGACAGUUCCAGUGUCCAGAUCAUCGCUGUAUCGAUCCCAGCUAUGCGUGUGAUGGCGACAGAGAUUGCGCGGAUGGCGCAGAUGAGCAAGGCUGCACCUACAACUGCACUGCAACUGAAUUCAAGUGUGCAAAUGGACACCAGUGCAUCAGCACCUUCUACCGCUGUGACGGGGUGUUCGACUGUAAUGAUCAAUCUGACGAGUCGGGCUGCCCAACUAGGAUGCCUGGAAUGUGUCACCACAAUUCCGAGUUUCAGUGUCAGUCAGAUGGCAGCUGCAUUCCUUCCAGCUGGGAAUGUGACCAACAUCCAGACUGUGACGAUGGCUCUGAUGAGCAUCAGGGCUGCCCCGUCAGAACCUGCCAUUCUUCCAUGUUUCACUGUGACAAUGGAAACUGCAUAUACAGUCGAUGGGUUUGUGAUGGGGACAAUGACUGCAGAGACAUGAGUGAUGAGAAGGACUGUCCAGCCCUGCCAUUCUCCUGCCUCAGUGGGCAGUGGCAGUGUCCAGGGCAGAGCAUCUGCAUCAACCUGACCAAAGUGUGUGAUAAUGUCCCCGACUGUCCCAAUGGAGCUGACGAGUCUCCUCUGUGCAAUCAGGAGAGCUGCGCAGACAAUAGCACCGGCUGUACCCACGGCUGCAUCCAGGGGCCCUUCGGAGCCCAGUGCACAUGUCCGACAGGAUACAGGCUGACCAAUGACUCGAGGACCUGUGAAGAUAUCGAUGAAUGUCAGCCGCCAGGAAUCUGCAGCCAGCAUUGCUUCAAUGAAAGGGGAUCAUUCAGGUGUCACUGCGAGGACGGCUAUGCGCUGGAAGGCGACCAGAGAACAUGCAAGGUGACAGGUACUCGGGAUACCCUGCUACUAGUUGCAAGCCGGAGCCAAAUAGUAUCUGACAAUAUCACAUCCCAACCAAAUGUCAUCGGUUUCCUGGUGCGAGAUGGAAGAAAUAUCGUGGCGAUUGACUUUGACUCGGUUACUGACAGAAUUUACUGGUCAGACACGACACAGGACAAAAUCUGGAGUGCCUACAAAAAUGGCACUGAAAGAACAGUUGUAUUCGACAGUGGCGUUACUGUGACAGAGAGCAUUGCAGUUGACUGGGUUGGAAGAAAUUUGUAUUGGACUGACUUUGUUCUUGAAACCAUCGAAGUGUCCAAAUUGGAUGGUAGUCAUCGGACUGUGCUGAUUAGUGAAAAUGUAACCAACCCCAGAGGGCUCAUUUUGGAUCCCAGAAAUGAUGCUCAUGUAAUGUUUUGGACGGACUGGGGAAGAAAUCCUCGAAUUGAAAGAGCCAGCAUGGAUGGGAAUAUGAGAACAACAAUAGUCAGCAAUAAGCUUUACUGGCCUAAUGGCUUGACAAUUGAUUACCCCAACAGAUUGCUGUACUUUGCAGAUGCUUACCUGGAUUUUAUUGACUACUGUGACUAUAAUGGCAACAACAGGAGACAGGUUCUAGCCAGUGAUUUGGUCCUCCAGCAUCCCCAUGCAAUAACAAUUUUUGAAGAUUAUGUAUAUUGGACCGACAGAUACACCCACCGUGUCAUUCGUGCCAAUAAAUGGCAUGGAGAGAAUCAAACGGUGAUGAUAUACAAUCUCCCGCAACCAAUGGGGAUAGUGGCUGUCCACUCUGCAAGACAACCUCCAGGGGUGAAUUAUUGCUCUAUGAGUCCAUGCACUCAUAUUUGUCUGCUUUCGUCAGUUGGACCGAGAUUUUACUCCUGUGCUUGUCCGUCUGGUUGGACCUUGGCUGCAGAUAUGAUCACCUGUGUUCGAGUUGAAGACCCGUUCCUUAUUGUUGUGAGAGAUAGUAUUAUCUAUGGAAUUUCACUGAAUCCACAAGACAAGAGCAACGAUGCAAUGGUUCCAAUCGUUGGUCUGCAGAAUGGAUACGAUGUUGACUUUGAUGACGUUGAGCAAAUGAUCUACUGGGUGGAGAAUCCAGGUGAAAUUCACAGAGUUAAAUCAGAUGGGACAAACCGGACUGAAUUUGCCCCCGCUGCCAUUCUUGGGACCCCUGUGGGUUUGGCUUUAGACUGGAUGACCAGGAAUCUUUACUAUACUAAUCCAGCAACUCAGUCCAUUGAGGUGCUUAAACUCACUGGGGAUGUAAAGUACAGGAAAACAGUGAUAACCAACAACGGACAGCCCACCGGUGCAGGGACACCCCUGGGCAUCGCUCUUGAUCCGGCCCGUGGGAGAAUGUACUGGACGGACCACGGCACUGAGAGUGGAGUUCCAGCUAAGGUGGCAGCUGCUGACAUGGAUGGCUCUAAUGCUCAAAUCCUUUUUACUACCAACUUGGAUCAUGUUGAAUUUAUCACCAUUGAUAUCAGGGAAAACAAGCUGUACUGGUCUGUCACUGCCAGUGGAGUGAUUGAAAGGGGAGAUCCCGAUGGAACAAAUCGAAUAACUGUUGUGAAUGGCCUUUCCCAUCCUUGGGGAAUUGCCUUGUAUGACACAUUCCUUUACUUCUCCGACCGGGACUAUGAAGUCAUUGAGCGAGUGGACAAGGCCACGGGUGCUAAUCGAGUGGUGAUGAGGGACAACGUGGCAGGUCUCAGGGUCCUAAAAGUUCAUUAUAGAGAUGAAUCUGCUGGAUCUUCUAAUGGCUGUAGUAACAAUUUAGGAAUCUGCCAACAGCUCUGCCUUCCUAGACCGAAUGGACUGUUCACAUGUGCUUGUGCGACGGGGUUCAAGCUGAACGCUGACAACAGGACCUGCUCCCCUUAUAAUUCCUAUGUUGUGAUCUCCAUGCUGUCUGCACUGAAAGGAUUCAGUCUUGAAGGGAGUGAUCAUUCAGAGGCAAUGGUGCCAGUAGCUGGAAGAGGCCGCAAUGCUUUACAUGUCGAUGUCCAUAUGCAAUCAGGAUUCAUUUACUGGUGUGACUUCAGCAGCAGUGUGGCAUCACAAAAUGGCAUCAGGAGGAUUAAACCAGAUGGCUCUUCCUUCAGAAAUAUUGUGACCUCGGGAAUUGGACAGAAUGGCAUCAGGGGAAUUGCUGUUGAUUGGGUAGCAGGAAAUCUUUAUUUCACCAAUGCCUUCUUAACUGAGACCUACAUAGAAGUUGUGCGCCUGAACACUAGCUACCGCCGGAUUCUCUUGAAGACCAUGGUGGACAUGCCUAGACACAUUGCAGUAGACCCCAAGAACAGAUACCUCUUCUGGGCAGACUAUGGUCAGAAUCCCAAGAUUGAACGUUCCUUCCUCGAUGGCACCAACAGGACUGUGCUUGUAUCGUCUGGAAUUCUCACACCUAGAGGUGUAGCUGUGGAUCAUCAAAAUGGGUUUGUUUAUUGGGUGGAUGACUCCUUAGAUAUGAUAGCCAGAAUACGUCCUGAAGGAGGAGAGACAGAGAUUAUUAGGUAUGGUAGUCGGUAUCCAACGCCUUAUGGAAUUACCAUUUUCCAGAAUACUAUGGUUUGGGUGGACAGAAAUUUAAAGAAGGUGUUUCAAGCAAGCAAGGAACCAGGAAACACGGAGCAGCCCUCAGUUAUCCGCGACAAUAUCAAUUACCUCAGGGAUGUCACCGUUUUCGACAGCCGUGCUCAAUCAACCUCACCUCAGGAUAUCAAUAACAACCCUUGUUUGGUAAGAAAUGGUGGUUGUUCCCAUUUUUGUUUUGCCAUUCCAAAUACUCCAACCAGAAAAUGUCUCUGUGGUUUUGGAAAUUUGGCUGCCGAUGGUAGUAGCUGUAUAGUGUCUCGGGAUGAUUACUUGAUCUACACCACAGAAGCUUCUGUCCGUAGCCUUCGUCUAGACCCAGAAGACCACAACCUUCCCUUCCCAGUAGUAAAUGUGCAGCGGACUGCAGUCGCACUGGACUACGACCGUGAUGACAACAGGCUCUAUUUUACUCAGAGCAUGGGAGUCGGGAGAAGCAGGAUCAGUUUUUUAACCCUCUCUUCUCCGACUUCUGCUGCCACUGUGAUUGCUUCAGAUUUGGGUUCUCCUGAUGGCAUCGCAUAUGAUUGGAUCAAUAAAAGGAUUUAUUAUAGCGACUACAUGAACCAGACUAUCAGUUCUAUGGCAAUUGAUGGGACCCAGCGCACUAUCAUAGCCAGAGUUCCACGACCCAGAGCUAUUAUGCUGGAUCCUUGUAGAGGGUACAUGUAUUGGACAGAUUGGGGCACCAAUGCCAAGAUAGAGCGUGCCACUUUGGGAGGGAAUUUCCGAACUGAAAUUGUGAACACCAGCCUUGUUUGGCCAAAUGGAUUGACUCUUGAUAUUGAGGAAGAGAGGCUCUACUGGGCAGACGCCAACUUGCAGAAGAUUGAGCGAUGCUCCCUAACUGGGUCAAACCGUGAAGUCAUUGUCAGUACAGCUAUCUAUCCCUUUGCAAUGACCAUAUAUGACGAACACAUUUACUGGACAGACUGGAGCCGAAGGAGCAUCUACAGAGCCAACAAGCAUGACGGAUCAGACCAGAUAAUCAUGGUGCAAAACAUCCCUCAUCGACCAAUGGACAUUCACGUCUUGUCGGCCAGCAAACAGAAUCAGUGUACUAACCCAUGUGACCAGUUUAAUGGAGGCUGUAGUCAUAUAUGUGCUCCAGGGCCUCAUGGAGCAGAGUGCCAAUGUCCAACGGAGGGUCGCUGGUAUCUGGCUGAUAACAAACACUGCAUUCAUGACAACGGCACAAGAUGCCAACCAGAUCAGUUCACCUGCAUGAAUGGACGUUGUAUCCGUGCUCAAUGGAAAUGUGACACUGAUAAUGACUGUGGCGAUGGAAGUGAUGAGCUGGAAAGAGUCUGCGCCUUUCACACCUGUGACCCAACAUUAUUCACAUGUGGAAAUGGCCGCUGUGUCCCGUACCAUUACCGCUGUGAUUACUACAACGACUGUGGGGAUAACAGCGAUGAGGCAGGCUGCUUGUUCCGUCCAUGUGAUGCCAACACAGAGUUCACCUGUAAUAAUGGCCGCUGCAUCGCCAAAGAAUACGUCUGCAAUGGGAUCAACAACUGCUAUGACAAUGGCACAACUGACGAGCGAAACUGUCCUGACCGUACCUGCCAACCUGAAUAUACCAAGUGCCAGACAACAAAUAUUUGCAUCCCUCGGCUGUACCUGUGUGAUGGUGACAAUGACUGUGGAGACAUGAGUGACGAGAGUCCCACACACUGCUCUACCACAACUUGCACUAACAGUGAAUUCCGCUGCUCCAGUGGACGUUGCAUCCCAGGUCACUGGUACUGUGAUGGAGGAACUGAUUGUGCAGAUGGCUCUGAUGAACCUUCAACAUGUGCUUCCCAUGUUCGGACUUGCUCGAGCGAUCAGUUCAAAUGUGAUGAUUCAAGGUGCAUUCCGGCUUCAUGGAUCUGUGAUGGUGACAAUGACUGUGGAGACAUGAGUGACGAGGACGAGAGGCACAACUGUGCCAACCGCACCUGUGCUCCAUCUGAAUUCACCUGCGUGAAUUAUCGGCCACCACAAAGAAAAUGUAUCCCCCAGUCCUGGGUGUGUGAUGGGGACGCUGACUGCGCUGACGCCUACGAUGAACAUCAGAACUGCACAAGAAGAUCUUGCUCAGAGACGGAAUUCACUUGUGACAACGGUUUGUGUAUCAGGAGUUCUUACAGGUGUGACCGGCGGAAUGACUGCGGAGACGGUAGUGAUGAACGUGGCUGUACGUAUUUACCGUGCUCCCAGCAACAGUUCACCUGCCAAAAUGGCCGCUGCAUCUCAAGAAGCUUUGUGUGCGAUGGGGAUAAUGACUGCGGAGAUGAGUCUGAUGAACAAGAGCAUCUCUGCCACACACCAGCGGCCACCUGUCCACCAUAUCAGUUCAGAUGUGACAAUGGAAACUGCAUUCAGAACAGCAAAGUCUGUGACAGGUCAGAUGACUGUGGGGACAACAGUGAUGAGAAGGGAUGUGGCAUCAAUGAAUGCACAGACCCUUCGAUGCACCACUGCGACCACAACUGUACAGACACUCCAACCAGCUUCCGGUGCAUGUGUCGACCUGGCUAUCGGCUCAUGUCUGACAACCGGACCUGUGAUGAUGUGGAUGAAUGUAACGAGUCACCCAGUGUGUGCAGUCAACUCUGUGAAAACACUGUGGGUUCUUACAUCUGCAAGUGUGCCCCGGGGUAUAUCAGGGAGCCCGAUGGAAGAAGAUGUCGACAGAACAGCAACAUUGCUCCUUACCUUAUUUUCAGCAAUCGCUACUACCUCCGGAAUCUCUCCACCGAUGGGUCAUCCUACUCGCUGAUCCUACAAGGUCUGACCAGCGUGGUGGCUAUGGAUUUUGACAGAGUGGACAAAAGGUUGUACUGGAUUGAUGUGACUAGGGGAGUCAUCGAAAGGAUGUUUCUAAAUGGCACCAAUAAAGAGACCAUCAUCUCAGGAAUUCGUCAUGGAGAGGGUCUGGCUGUUGAUUGGGUUGGCAGAAAACUAUACUGGGUGGACACUUACCUGGAUUGUCUGAAUGUGGCAGAGCUGGAUGGACGAUUUGUUAAAAAACUGGCACAACAUUGCAUAGAUCCCAACAAUACCUACUGCUUUGAAAACCCGAGAGGAGUUGUUGUGCAUCCGAAAUACGGAUUUGUGUUCUGGACUGACUGGGGAUAUAAAGCAUUCAUUGGACGAGUUGGAAUGGAUGGGACAAACAAAACAGUGAUUAUCUCAACAAAGAUCGAGUGGCCCAACGGCGUCACUAUUGACUACACAAAUGACAAACUCUACUGGGCUGACGCUCAUCUCAACUACAUUGAGUAUUCUGACCUAGAUGGAAAUCAUCGCCACGCUGUUUAUGACGGGACCCUACCACAUCCUUUUGCCAUCACUUUAUUUGAAGAUACAAUUUACUGGACAGACUGGAACACCCGAACAAUAGAGAAAGGAAACAAAUAUGACGGAUCAGGCCGGACAGCGCUAGCGAACACGACGCAGAGGCCUUUUGAUAUUCAUGUAUAUCACCCUUAUCGACAGCCAAUAGUAACUAACCCCUGUGGACUCAAUAAUGGAGGAUGCUCCCACUUAUGCUUAAUUAAAAAUGGAGGGCAGGGUUAUACCUGCGAAUGUCCAGACAACUUUGUCACAAUCCAGCUGGGUGGAGUAGCUCGCUGUCUCGCCAUGUGUUCCAGUACCCAGUACCGAUGUGCUGACAAUGAGAGGUGCAUCCCUAUAUGGUGGAAAUGCGAUGGUCAGCAAGACUGCAGGGAUGGAUCAGACGAACCUCCUACAUGUCCACACAGAUAUUGCCGCAUUGGGCAGUUCCAGUGCAAUGAUGGGAACUGCACUAGUCCUCAUGUCCUGUGUAACACUGUGCAAGACUGUCAUGAUGGCUCAGAUGAAGACACCAUACUCUGUGCAAAUCACCAGUGUGAAACCCAUCAGUGGCAGUGCAACAACAAGAAGUGCAUCCCAGAGGCGUGGCAGUGCGAUGGAGAAAAUGACUGCGGAGACAAUUCGGAUGAGGACAGUGCUCACUGCGCUAGCAGGACAUGCCAACCUGGACAGUUCAAGUGUAACAAUGGCCGCUGUAUUCCACAGACCUGGAAGUGUGAUGUGGAUGAUGAUUGCGGGGACAACUCAGAUGAACCUCACGAUGAGUGCAUGGGUCCUGCUUAUCGCUGUGAUAGCCACACCGAGUUUGACUGCCGGACAAACUACCGAUGCGUCCCUCUUUGGUCUGUUUGUAAUGGAUACGAUGACUGCCGGGACAACAGUGAUGAGCAAGGCUGUGAGGAGCUGACAUGCGAUCCUGUGGGAGAUUUUCGUUGUGACAACCACCGCUGCAUUCCCCUGAGGUGGAAAUGUGAUGGCGACAACGAUUGUGGUGAUGGCUCAGAUGAACGCAGCUGUGUUCCCCGAGAAUGUACGGAGAGUGAAUACCGGUGUGACAAUCUUCACUGCAUUCCCGGUCGCUGGGUGUGUGACCAUGAUAAUGACUGUGAAGACAAUUCAGAUGAGCGAGAUUGUGAGCUGCGGACUUGCCAUCCAGGCUACUUUCAGUGCACCAGCGGCCACUGUGUUUCAGAAAGGUUCAAAUGUGAUGGGAAUGCAGACUGUCGUGAUUUUUCAGAUGAACAGACAUGCCCCACUCGUUACCCUAACGGGACCUACUGUCCACCAUUCAUGUUUGAAUGCAGAAACCAUGUGUGUAUUCAGCCCUACUGGAAGUGUGACGGGGAUAACGACUGUGGGGACGGCUCAGAUGAAGAGCUCCAUCUCUGCUUGGAUGUCCCUUGUGAUCCUCCAUAUCGUUUCCGCUGCAGUAACAACCGCUGCGUCUACAGUCAUGAGUUAUGCAAUGGAGUGGAUGACUGUGGGGAUGGCAGUGAUGAAAAAGAGGAGCAUUGUAAAGCGCCAACGCAGGGGCCCUGCACUACAGAGGAGUUCAAGUGCACCAACACUCAUUGUGUUCUUCUGCAGUACGUGUGCGACAACUACGAUGACUGUGGAGAUCACUCCGAUGAACUUGGCUGCAAUCUUGGCACAGGACGCUCUUGUCACGAGAACAUCUGUGAGCAGAACUGUACAAACCUCAGUGAGGGCGGCUUCUUAUGUUCUUGCCGGCCUGGAUAUUCCCCAAGUGAAACCGACAGAAACUCCUGUGAUGAUAUCAAUGAAUGUGAGAUCUACGGAACAUGUCCUCAAGACUGCAAGAACUCCAAAGGCAGUUAUGAGUGCUUCUGUUCAGAGGGAUUCCGAUCCGUAGGUGAACAACAUGGCAUUGAAUGCGCAGCCACUGGAAAUCCGCCAGUGAUGCUUUUACCCGAUAGUGUCCGUAUCCGCAGAUAUAACCUUUCUUCAGAGCAGUACUCAGACUACGUUGAUGAUGAGGACCAUAUCAGGGCCUUGGAUUAUGACUGGGACCCAGAAGGAGAUGGCCUCAGCAUUGUCUACUGGACUGUAGGAGGACGUGGCUCACAGUUUGGGGUAAUCAAACGAGCUUACAUGACCACAUUUGAUGAUCGUGGCAGCAACCCAGUGAAAAAAGUGGAUCUGAACUUACGCUAUAUUUCAAACCCUAACGGCAUUGCUGUUGAUUGGGUUGGGAGGCACAUUUACUGGACUGAUGCUGGAACAAACAGAAUUGAAGUAGCCAAACUUGAUGGAAGAUACAAAAAAUGGUUGAUAUACUCAGAGCUGGAUCAGCCCGCUAUCGUUGUCAACCCAAAAGUUGGAACCAUGUACUGGACAGACUGGGGCAGACAGCCCAAAAUCGAAUCUGCUUGGAUGGAUGGACGAAACCGACUGGUCCUAGUGGAUGACGAUAUCGGCUGGCCCACUGGCCUCACUAUUGACUACUUAAAUGGAGAUCGGUUGUACUGGAGUGAUGCCAAAGACAACAUGAUAGAAUCCAUGAAGAGUGACGGGAGUGACAGAAAAAUAAUUAUCUCUGGAGACAUUGGCAACCCAUACAGCCUAGAUGUUUUUGAAGGACAUGUCUACUGGACAACUAAAGAAAGUGGAGAAGUCUGGAAAAAAAAUAAAUUUGGAAAUGGAGAAAAAGUCAAGGUGCUGACAAUAAACCCUUGGCUGACACAAGUCCGCAUCUACCAGGAACACAGAUACAACCGCACAGUGCCUAACAUUUGUAAAGAUGUCUGCAGUCACCUAUGUCUGCUGAGACCGGGUGGUUACACUUGUGCCUGUCCCCAGGGGUCCCAGUUUGUGACUGGAAGCCAGACGCAGUGUGAUGCAGCAAUUGAAGAUCCAGUAACAAUGCCUUUAGCUUGCCGAUGUAUGAAUGGAGGAACUUGUUAUACUGAUGAAGGAGGCCUUCCCAAGUGCAAGUGUCUUUAUGGCUAUUCUGGGGAUUACUGCCAAGUUGGAAAAUUACGAGGUGCCCCUGCAGGAACAGCUGUUGCCGUGUUCCUGGCUGUUAUUCUAAUCCUUAUCUUCGGCGCCCUGGCAGUUGGUGGAUUUCUGAAUUACAGACGAACUGGAAAACUAUUACCUUCUUUGCCUAAACUCCCAAGCCUAAGCAGCCUUGCCAAGUCCAGUGAAAAUACAAAUGGAGUGACGUUCAGGACUGGAGAUGAUGUAACAAUGGAUCUGGGACCUCCAGAAUUAAAUGGGGACUCCAGCAUCGACAAAGCAAUGCAGUUGGAUGAUAAGUUUGCUGUGGGCACAAGCAAAGAACCAGUGACGUAUGAUAAUCCCCUCUACUCGGUUGCAAUUGGAGACCCAGCAAUUAUUCAUGCCACCCAGGUAACUGUUAAUGUGACUACUGAUCGUACGGAGAAUAUUAAGGCUUCAGAUUCUCCUACAGCAGCAGAUGCUGGAAAAUCCCCAAGUGAAGAAACGUCCCAGGAAUCCAAGUGGAACUUCUUUAAAAGAAAACCGAAGCCAAGAACAAAUUUUGAAAAUCCUGUUUAUGCAGAAAUGGAAAAAGAGCAGGCUAAAAAGAAUCAGGAUGAAGAUGAGCCAUCGCCCUUUGCACCGCCAGCAAAAUCUCAAAAGAAAGAACGUCUGGCUGAAUUUACACCAACAGAGGACACCUUCAUAGACACAGCAAACCUGGUCAAAGAGGACAGUGACGUAUAACCGGGCCAGAAGAGACAAAGACUUUCCUUUGCACAAUAAUAUAUUUUUAUAUACAAUUCAACCCAAGCAAAUAUGUUCAGGAAUAUUUAGCUGAAACUCCAGCGAGUCUGAAAUCAGCCUGACCUACCGUAUGCCUUGAUAUGUUCCGUGUUCCUAUUCUCUUAUUUUUAUCAAUUUUUUUUUUUAUUUGUGUUGUAUUAUGUGAAUAUCUUUGCACUGAAACUGCUUAACAGAAUGUUAUAAAUAUGUUGUACAUUUGUAAAUUUUUAAAGAUUAUCUGUCAAUAACGGGGUCAUUGGAAAUAGAUUAUUUUCACAAUAGGGAUUUCUGAAUGGCAAGAUUUUCGUUAUAAAUCUAGUGAUGUAACAGACUGGGCAAUAUACACUAUAUGUGAUACUAGCGAUGCCUUCUUUAUAUACCUCAUUUUAAACUAAAAACAGAAAAACACUGGAUUUUUACUUUUAAUUGUGAUUCAUUUUAGAGAUGUAUGACAUAUGAAUUAGGAGGAGUCAAUAAUAACCCCUGCUUUAACGAUGGCUGGUCACAAAGUCCGGACCAAAUGAAUUAGCUGAACCUUUUAUUUAUAACACAAUGGAUUACUAAAGUGUGUAACACAAAGGUUUAUGGCGCUUUAAAUGGAUUGACCUAUUGGGUUACUUCAGGGUUAAAUGAUGCUGAACGUCUGUUUUUAAGUGUAAAACAAUAACUUCAGCCACAGACGGUGCAAAGGAUCCAGCUGGUCACUUCAACUAAUGCUUUAGUAGAGUGUCCUCAAGGUUUCUGUUUCUUUUACUAGCUGAAGACAGUGCAAAGGGUAACGCUGGUUAUAAAGCACCCCUUAUAUUUGACACGUGGAAGUCCCACAAUGCAACAAACACAAAUAUAUUAUACAGGGCAUUAAUAAAUGAUACGCUAACUCACCUCUAAUUAGAAAAGAGAUUCAAUGAGAGCAUAACCCCAGGACCCAGUCUGGGAAUGAUGUGAUAUACAAAGGUAAUAAAAUUUCAAAAAAAUAAUAAUAAUGAAAAUAGAAGAACAGAACACACUGAAUGAAAUCAGCUAACAAAUAGUUGAAUAUAAAAGCUGAGGUUCCACAUUUUCUGGUUUCAGACUUCCAGACAUGCAAAGUAUUUCAGUUCCUUUUAAUUCUUUUAUGGCGCUCGUCUCAGAAGACCUUGGAGUGCUUUCCAAAAAUAAAUCGAGCACUCCUUCAUAUUUUUAUCGCUUUUAAGUUGUCCACCACAUUUAUUCAUUUCAGUUUGUUCCCUUGAUAUUCUUGUGCUUCACUGGUGGCCUUGCAAAUUUCACUUCUUCUUCUUUGUUGGAGGAAACUGACUGGACGCUGCACACCGAUAUAUCGAGUGGCUCACGUGUCUGUUGGUGUGUAAAACUGGACGACACGGGGGGCAGCAUUUAGUCUCAGCUGACCUGUCCGUGUUUAAAUAUGUCUUCUGAUGUGUGCCACACCCAAAAAUGAAGAAGUGAAUUAAAUACGUGAAAUUGAUCAGUAAAUCAGAAUAACGCUUGCGAGGAACUUCUCCUGGAAAGCUGGACUUGGUGGCACUCAUUCAUACGAAUUAAAUAUUUUUAGAACUUUUCCCUUAUUACUUGUCAGGGUGGCCACACAGUUUUGCUUUUUUUUUCUUCAAUUUCCUGUCUGUUAUAAAUGGCCAAAAGCAUCAGAGUGCAUCCUUUAGCAUUCUUAUUUGCAACAUCCUUAGCUUAGCAAUUUUUCUUUUUUUUUGCACAGAUUAUGUUUUGUUUCAACUGAGAUUAAAUAAUUAUGUAAAUUCUACCAAAAUGUCGAGGUGGCAGGUGAGAAUAAUAACUUUCUUUGAAUGUGCCUAAGGUGUCUUUUAAGUAUAAAACGAAAACUGGAAUGAAAUUAUGCUGCUGAAAAAA